CUUCAUUCCCAUUUCCUCAAAUUUUCCAUUUUCUUUUCUCUAACUACAAAUACUUGGUUCCAAGUUUCAUAUCCUUCAUUGAAGAUCAAGAUUUUAUAAAUGGAGGGUCUUGUACCUUUGGUGUUAAGAGCAUUAAAGAAGAACAGAAAUAGACGCCAAUAUGAGUGUCUUGAUUCUUCAUCUCUAAGCUAUAACAUCACCAUGGCUGAGAUCUACCAUCAUCAUCAUCAUGCACAAAGUGAUGUAGAUCAUCAUCAUCAUCGGAGACAUAAAUCUGUUGAAGAUUUUGGAAACGGGGUUGUUGGUUCUUCUUCAAUAUCAUCACCCCCUCCAAUUUCAAAGCAACAACAACUAAUGAGGUUUAGAAGUCAGAGAAUGUUCUCUUGUAUCACUGGUUCCUAAUCAUAAUUAUAUUCAGGUAGGUUCGAAUCUCGCCUUAUACAAGUAGCAAUUCACUGAUCACGGCAAACUCUUAAAUGUAACUUCGAUUUGCGACAGAUUAAUCUUCGUGCUAUCGGAUUGAAAGAUAUCAUAAAAGAUAAAAAAAAUAUCAUAUUAGUGAAUAGAUAUAAUAAUAAUGAUCCUCUAAUUAAGUUAAUUAGUGGAUGGAUCAUUAUUAUCCAAGUUCCAAGUAAUUUUGCUGUGAUUCUUAAUUAGAAAUUAGUACUUUACUUCCAUAUACAUAAAAACCAAUUAUUGAAAGGGCUGUGUAUUGUUAAUUAAUGUUUUGGGUUAAUUCUUAUUUUGAAUCAAUGCAUAUAUGGUUUCUAAGGCGAUUUAAUUUGGUUUCUAGUAAUUGAGUUUUGGUAUUAAUUUGAUGAAGGUUUUGGUUUUGUGGUUCUUCA